GGCAAAGUAGCAAAAAGGAGACGAGAUCAGCGAAGAAACGACGUUUACGAAAGAUGAUAGAAUGUGCGGGUGGUGGCAAUGGCUCGUCAGAAUUCGAGGAUGAGGAAUUGAAUGAACUCCAAAAAGAAAGCAUCCAAGGCGGAAUUGUGUGAGAAACGGAAGCGGGUGAGGAUAUGGCAAUCGGCAAUAGCUCGCCAUUAACAACCCCCUCUAAAGAACGAAGGACUAAGGGGAAGAGUCCGGUGACCCCUGGUUCUUCCGGGAAGAAGGUGACGACAACGAGUGGGCGCUAUAAGUUCAGGAUGCGAUCAUCACCAAAGAAGUCACCACCGAAGCAAUCUCCAGCUCGGAACUCGCCGCUCAAGAAGCAAUCGCCUAAGAAGCUCGAAAAUAAGAGAUUCGACCCGAAGAUGAAGGGAGUGGUUGCAAGUUGCGGCCCGGGAGGGGAGGAGAGGUACGUGGAAGAUCUUCGUCGACAUAUGAUGGACGCGAAUAUAGACGACCUCAAAGUGAUCUGCAAAGAUCUGAAGAUAAAGUAUCGGAAUCGCGAACAAGCGACUACAACCAUCACCGAUCGUCGGCUUGCGGAAGCAUACGACGCGAAAUUUGCAGCCGCGUUGUCGGCGCGAAUACCCUUACAAGGGUAUCCGCCCUGGUUUUUGCAAGCGACAGGAAGGUUUGGUCAAGUUAGGUCUUUGAAGUGCCGGCGCGGGAAAACGCGGUGGUCACCCUCGCGCAGUUUAAAGGCCGUCCGAGUAGGAGGGCCUGAUGCUGAACUUUCCAUCGUUGACAUCACGGAUCUCCUUGUCUGUAACUCUAUGCAUCAGGACGCUGAGUUGGUCGAGCUCGACCCACCACUCCCUGAGCCCCCCGAGCCUCCUGACCCUUCAGCCUCUCCAUCCCCCUUCACCCCUGCCAGCUCAUCUCACCUUCUUGCAUCUUGUACCACGGAGGCGCCAUCGGUACCUAUUCCCAUACCGACUCCUUCCACCCCUGCUUCAGACGCCGCUGCAGCCGAGGAGUUUGACAACCUCMUAUYGACUUUGCARCCUARYGUUGCGGCCCUCCUUCGCGAGUAUCGCGAUGUUUUUCCUCCGACCGUCUCUUAUAGCAGCAUUCCUCCUAUGCGCGAUAUCGAGCACCACAUCCGGCUCGAACCUAACUACCGUGUCCAGCAUCGCGCCCCAUAUCGCCUCUCGGUCCCCGAAGCCCAGGAACUUAAACGCCAAAUUGACGAGCUACUUCGUCAGGGCUUCAUUAAACCGAGUACGACCCCAUGGAGUGCACCUGUCCUAUUCGAUCACAAGAAGGAUGGCACUCUCCGCCUCUGCCUCGAUUACCACGGUCUCAACGAGUAUACGGUCAGAAACAGUUACCCUAUGCCUCGUGCGGAUGAUCUGUUCGACCGCCUCUCAGGCCACCACUUCUUCACGAAGAUUGAUCUUCGUAGCGGAUAUCACCAGAUCCGCGUAGCCGAGGAGAACCAGCCUAAGACCGCUUUCUGUUCUCGUUUUGGGCACUACGAGUUUACCGUCAUGCCUUUCGGUCUCCGUAAUUCCCCUGCCAUCUUCCAGACGGCUAUGAACACGAUGUUCCAAGACCUUUUUGAGGACUCGGUUCUAGUCAACAUCGACGACAUCCUGGUCUACAGUCCUACCUUAGAGGAGCAUCUGACCCACCUCCGCACUGUCCUCCAGCGAUUACGCGACCAUGGGUUUUAUGCGAAGCUCUCCAAAUGUCACUUCGCUCAACCCAAAGUCGACUUCCUUGGGCAUCAGGUCUCCGAGCACGGACUCCACAUGGACGACUCGAAGAUUCACGCCAUUGUCGACUGGCCCACUCCUACCUCUCUUCUUGCGCUGCGUAGUUUCCUUGGGUUGACCAACUACUAUGGUCAUUUUCUUAAAAACUACGCGCAAUAUUCUUCCCAGCUUACCCCCUUGACCCGCGGACGUCUACCUUUUUAUUGGACCCCGGCUCACGAGGAUGCUUUCCGCUCUCUCAAGCGGCUUGUCACGUCAGCUCCUGUCUUACACUUACCUGACUACUCGCGUCCAUUCAUCGUCACCACCGACGCAUCUGACUUCGCUAUUGGAGCUGUUCUCUCGCAGAUCUAUCUUGCCCCCUCUACUUCUCCCGAUUCCAUAGAGUCUCGCCUCCCUCGCCUCCCUCGCAUUCCUCGCUUCCCUCCUCCACCUCCAGCGACUGCGGCUCAUCUUGCACCCAUCGAGCCCACCCCCCCAGGGGCCCCACCCCCUUAUAUUCCUGACGUCCCUGAUGACGGUACUGUCGAGUCUCGCGAUGGAGAGUGUCCGGUUGCUUAUCUAUCUCGACAGCUACUUCCCGCUGAGCGUAACUACACUGCCGAUGAGCGUGAGGUCCUUGCGCUGGUCUACGUUGUUAAGAAGUGGCGUCAUCAUUUGCACGGUCAUAUUUUCACCAUUUUGACGGACAACUCUGUCCUCGCCGCCUUCCACACGAAGCCUAAGCUCACUUCUCGUCAGGCUCGUUGGUGGCGUGACCUCUCGGAGUUCGACUUCACCAUAAAGAAGAUUUCCGGCGAAAACAAUCGUGUUGCAGAUACCUUAUCUCGCCGCCCCGAUCUUCACUGCGAGGAUCGUCAGCUAUCUGCCAUCUCAGCCCCUACCAUCCACCCCGCCUUUCUGGAUGAGAACCGGAACGCAUACACCCAGUGCCCUGAGUUUCAGUCCAUCUAUGCUGACCUACAGGCUGGCAAGUCCGUYCSUAACUUCCAGCUCGAUCCCUCUGGACUCCUAUAUUGGCUUGGUCGCCAAGGUACUCGUACUCCCCGCUUAUGCGUGCCCUCUACUGGCCAGCUCCGCGUCCGGGCCGUCGCUGAGUGUCAUGACCAGCGCGCCGCCGGUCAUCUUGGUGUCUUCAAGACACUUGACCGCCUCUACUGCCAUUACUACUGGGAGCACCGCCGUCCUUUCAUCAAGGAGUACGUUCGCACCUGCAGGAUCUGCCAGGAGACCAACAUUCCCAACCACCCCUCCUAUGGCCUUCUCCAACCCUUACCCAUUCCUACUCAGCGUUGGACUUCUGUUUCCAUGGACUUCAUUGGCCCUCUUCGUCCCCCUACCCCACGAGGCCACGACGCCAUCUUCGUCGUUGUCUGUCGGUUGACUAAGCAUGCUCACUUCCUCCCUUGCAAGUAUGCUAGUUCAGCCAAAGACAUCGCCUYCCUAUACUUCAACCGUAUUGCCAUCCAUCACGGUCUUCCCACUAGCAUCGUCUCUGACCGCGAUCCCCGCUUUACAUCUCAUUUCUGGCGUGGACUCCAUGAGAUCUAUGGCUCCGAGCUCCGCCUCUCCUUCUCCUAUCACCCCCAGUCAGAUGGAUAGACCGAGGUCACCAACAAAACUCUUGGGAGUAU